AUGGUCAAGUUCCGAUGGGCACAGGCAUCAUUCCCCAAUCGGAAGAAAUCCCAGAGCGACAAACAAUCCGCUACGGGAAGUUCAACAUCCAUCGCCCAGUCACUAAUAGCCCGGUAUAACGAGGCCCGCAACAAGCUGUGGAAGCAAGAGCUCGAACUGGCCUUCGAUGCCGGCGCAGUUGACAAAGCACCGAAGAUCGAAAAUGAUGCUGCCUCAGUUGUGCAGGCUAUCCGCGACGAGGAACGGAGUAGAUACCUCAAAGCCGGCGCCUCAGACCAUUUCCUCGCAAAUGUGGACCUGAUCAACCGCGGUAGUGACUUGAUGCGAGUGGCCAGAAAGUUGCCCAAGGGAGCGCAUCUGCACUGCCAUUUCAACACCGUUCUCCACCCUUCGUUCCUUGUCGCUCAGGCGCGCCAUGUCAAAUGCAUGUUCAUUCGGAGCACUCGGUCUCUGAAUGUGAAUGACAAUUUGAAUGAUGCUGCAAUAACAUUUUCUGUGCUGCAAGAUUCGACCGAGGGAGCAGACAUUUUCGACCCAAAUUACGAACCUCUAGCUUGGAUGAGAUAUUCCAAGUUUCUCGAGGAUUUUCCUGGCGGCAAGGAACAGGCGGAGGAAUGGUUGGUGAAGAAACUGCUUAUUUCGCUGGAGGAUGCGCACGCGAUUGACCAAAACUUAGAGGGGGUUUGGGAUCUAUUUAACCGCCGCACACAGAUGAUGAAGGGAUUGUUUAAUUAUGAAUCUGCUUUCCGAAACUACAUCGGCAAAGCUAUUCACAGCUUCGUCGAAGACAACAUUAUGUACGCCGAAGUCCGACCAAACUUCUUCGACAAAUAUAUCGUCAGCGAUGACGGUGAGAGGCAAUUAGAUCACCGCUCCUGGAUGCAGAUCAUCCGGGACGAAGUCAAUGCCACAAUCAAGCAACUCGAUGCCGAUGGAAACGGUGCUAGCCGCUUCAAAGGACUAAAAAUAAUCUACUGUGCUCCCCGCUCUAUCCAAAGCGAAGAAAUGACCUGGUGUCUCGACGAUUGCAUCUCCUUAAAACAAGAAUUUCCAGAAUUGAUCUGCGGAUUCGAUAUGGUCGGCUGCGAAGGCCGCGGCAACCAAAUCCGCGACUACCUCCCCUUACUCCUGCAAUUUAGAGCCACCUGCACCAACCUCGGUUUGGAUAUCCCGUUUAUCUUCCACGCAGGAGAAACCCUAGAGAGUCAGGGUCCAACAGACAACAACCUUUAUGAUGCCAUUCUUCUUGACUCCAAGCGCAUCGGCCACGGUUUCGCGAUCCCCCAGCACCCACUACUGAUGCAAAUGUGCCGAGAGCGCGGAAUUGCGCUGGAGAUCUGCCCUAUCUCCAAUGAGAUCCUGCAUCUGUGCCCAUCCAUGAAGAAUCAUGUGUUACCAAUCCUUCUAGCAAAUGCGGUACCCUGCACGAUUAAUAGUGAUAAUCCAGCGUAUUUCAGCUCUUCACUUUCUCACGAUUUUUAUCAAACCAUCCUCCACAUCGACUCCAUCACGCUCCAUGGUUGUCGCAUUCUGGCCGAAUGGAGCAUUGAACAUUCGUGCAUGGAUCCAAAGCAGCAGGCUGAUGCGUUUAAUACUUGGGAAGCCGAUUGGACAGCGUUCUGCCAGUGGAUUGUCCUGGAAUUUGGGCCCAAGUAUUUGAAGUCUCCGAUUGCGGAGAAAGCAAAUAACCGAAAUUAA